CGCCAUUUUUCUUUCUCUUUCGCAAUCAAAAUGUCGAAACGUAAAGUGCAGUUUGCUGAUAAAGAGAGCGAGGAGAUUCUGGUAGAAUCUACCCCAGCAAGAAUCAAAGCGCACUCUCUGGACAGUGACGAAGAAGGUGAUGACAACGAUGGAGGCAAAGAUGAUGAGAAGUAUGUUUUGCGCGAGGAGGAUUUGGAAGGACAAGAGGACGCUACGAUCGAUUACGACGAAGGAAUCAAGAUAACGCCGUUUAAUUUAAAGGAAGAAAUGGAAGAGGGCCACUUCGACGCAGAGGGAAACUACUUUGAGAAAAAAGAGGAAGUUAUUCGAGAUGAAUGGCUGGAUUCGCUGGACUGGGUCAAAAUCAAAGAACAGGGUGACAAGCUUCAGAAGAAUGUUAGUGAUGGUGAUAAUGGUAUCUUUGAAGAUGCCGACGAACCAAGUGAUCAUAUUCAAGCAAUAAAAGAUAUUAUAGAUAUGCUUUUGCCCGGUGAGACCGUCUUAAAAGCUCUCAGACGUCUCGGUGGAAAAGAAAGUGGUCGCAACUCGUCUGCAAGUGCACGUUGGCAACCAAAAUCGAAGAAGCCGAAGGCUACGGAGAACGAGGGUUCAACUUCCGAGGAAGACAAACAGAAACUUUUAAAACUCACGGAACUAGCAGAUCAACUGCUUCAGAAGGGUUACUUUGGUAUUUAUCAAGAUACACUUGAAAAAUUGGCUCACAAAGUCAAAACUAUGCAAGAAAAACAACAGGAAGCCGAGGAAGAUGAUGCUCUGGAGGCUGCUUUUAGACAAGGCGGAGGAGAGGAUGAGGACACAGUCAUGGAGACCGAGAGUUCUGAUGACAUCAAAGCAGAAUCAGCAAAUGAAGAUGAGGUUUAUUGGCAUUACAAAUGGGAAAAUACAAAAGAUGCUACUGUUUAUGGACCAUAUUCAUCAACAUACAUGUUAAUUUGGAAUGAUCAAGGGUGUUUUGGCGAUGGAGUCUGGGUGCGAAAAGUUGGGGAAGACAGUGGACCAUUUUAUAAUUCAAAACGUAUUGACUUUGAGUUGUACACAUAGGGUCUAGUAGGCUUGUGUAUCUUUUUUGUAGAAUGUCAAUUUUAUUAAUUUUUAUGCUGGUGAUAUUGGGUACCGAGGUUAAAGGUUGAACUGUCACAUCUUGCCCAAAUCUUCAGCUGAUGUCUGUAGUAGUGAGGUUAUUAUUCAGUGUAACUUACAAAUUUUGCCAUGUUUAAAAUCUUAUUUAUGACCCAUGGUUAUGGUUGAGGUGUAGAUUGCACAGCUAUAUCCCUCAAGAAAGUUUCACCCUUCAACUCUUGGAAGUGAUCGACAGGUAGCUUCUCCUUAUAAUAUCCAUACAUUCUCUAGUAAACAGGUAAUGAGAUUACUCCAACUUAUCAGGUAGAAGUUGUCAUUUUGAUCAAACACCAAAAUUUUUCUACUAAUUUACAAGGAAAUGUUUAGCAGUUUGAGGGGAUAAUUAAUCAGAUCUUGGGAAUUAAAUAGUUAACAUAUUGUAAUUUUGAGUACAGUGCCAUGCUAUGUGCAGUCUUCAGCACUUUCCAAGCUCCAAGAUACAUACUGAUAAGUGUGUCAGCCAUUAACCCUUUGACCCUUAACAGUGACUAGUAUCUAUUUUCUCCUUUCAAUAUCACCCCUGAAUCACUCAUUAAGGUCAUGAGAAUGAAGAAAAAGAUCACCAAAUUAACAAGCUCUUGAUUGUUAAACAAAUUCUCCUAGUCAGUACCUUAGGAAAUCCAUGAAUAACAGUAUGGAGAAUAUGCAUACUGAUGUUAGGGUGUCAAGGGUUGAUGUAAGACAUGAAAAAAUGUGUCCAGGUAGCUUCCUCAUCCUUGGUAGAAGUAUUAUACCUUUCUUAGUUUCCUUAAGAGGUAUAUUGGAAAACUCCUUCCUCUGAUACCAAAAUGUCAGAGUAAAAACAAAACAGUGUCUUUAUUCUAACAAAACAAAUAAAAGACAUUCAACUCACACGUGCAUUCUUCAUAUACACUUAGCUCCUCGAGUAGGGUUUCAAAAACAAUGAACUCAAUAGUUUGAAUACCAUCAGUGCUGCCAUUAACUAGAAUGGCAUUUUAUUAUUUUUUUACACCAUACCCAGGGCUAGAGUAGUAAUGGAGUGUUCAGAAGGAGAUUUUAAAUUUAAAUUUCAUCACGGUAUUAAAUCAGCUUUUUCCAAGAUGAUGAUGACAUGAUAGAGUAUGAUCAGCUUUUAAGGUUGUAAAGUGGCCAAACAGUUUUGCAACAGAAAUUGGAACAGUGCAUUGCAUACUUGAUGAGAUCAGUCAUAAUCCCAAAGUAAUUAAUCUAGCCUUGGAAAGUAAUGAUCAUAAUUGAGUCAAGCCUUGGUAAUGAAGUCACCAGAUACAUAAAGAGUCCAGCAGCCAGUCAAAACCUUUACCAUUUCUUGAGUAACCUUUGUAGAGUAUGAGUAACAUUUUGAAGACACGAUUUGAGCACAGAGCUUAGAGUCAAAGUAUAUAAGGGGCAUCUUUGACUUGCGAGUUAAAAAAAAAAUAAAAUUAAAUAAGUAAUGUUAAUGUGCUUUGUGGAUCUCUCAGAGUGAGGCGCACUAAAGUCAAUUUUUUUUUGGCUGAAUUAAUUUGUCUAGAGCAAAAUACUUUACAUUGUCUAUGAGGAUUAAUGCAACACUAACAGAUAAAACACAAGGGGAAAAAUACAUCAACUGUUUGCCAUUCUCGAUUGACAAUUUUAUUCAAACAAACUCCACUAUAAUUUAUGUUCUUCAGCUCAUUACCUUAUCCCUUUUAUUUCUCUUCGUGUUUUCUAUUAACAUGGAAUAAUUCAAUAACUUGCUCUUUUUACAGUGUGGAUCUUUUCACUACAACAUUGUACCUCAGAAAAAAAUACUAC